GCAGAGCUAUUUCCGAAACUAGGAUAAACAAAAGUGCAUAAUAUUUGAUUUGAACACUAACUAAUGGAUUUUUGGGUGUACUUUUGCCUAAUAAAUGUGAAAUUUAAAGACACAUUUUGAUUUUUAAGCAAUUGGUACCUAAUCAGACAGCUUGCCAUUUUUAAGCUGGCAGGAAUUAUUUCCAAAAAGAUGUCUGGCAAUGCAUCAGUGGUUGCUUUUGAAGGAGAACUAAAUGCCAUAGUGAAAGAGUAUUUAGAUUUUAGCGGCUUUGAUAAGACAAAAGCAAUAUUUGAAAAUGAGUGCAAGGAGAAAAAUAAACCAGUUUCUGAGCAAGAGUUUCCUACAUAUGGAAGUGAAAAAGUGCUGUUGGCCAAGAAUCAGAUGUUGGAAUUUUUCCAUGAAGGAAAAGGGGACUUGUUUUUUAAGCUGUGGAGAGACUAUCUGCCAUCAAAUGUUAAAAAUGAAGACAGUGUGUCAAAAAAAUUAGAAUUUUACCUCAAUAUUUAUUUUGCCAUCUAUCCAAUCAAAUACGGGCAACCUCAGAAUGAAGCUGAGGAAGCCAUGUCAAAUUUUAAACAGUACAUAGAAAACCGUGGAUCUUCUCUUAGUCAAACAACAGAAUUUCUACCUUUUUAUGCUCUCCCUUUUGUUACAAACCCAAAAACUCAUCCAUCAUACAGGGAGCUCUUUGCCGAAUCCUGGAGUGCUGAUCUGAAGUCAAGAGUAGAGAAGUUCUUGACUUUAGCCUUGAAGUCAACACCGCAGCCGAGAUUGUUUGAAAUAUAUAGGGGAGUAAGUGCUGAAGGAAAAGGUAUGCAACCACAGCUAGUUUUGAUGAGCCAACAAGUCAUUGAUGCAGAAAAAAAAGCAUCAGCCUACUUGAAACGACACAAUAAAGUUCAGUCUGACUACCACAAUUUGAUUGGAAUCACAGCAGAUCUUGUUGAUGCUCUAGAGUCCACUGUACAAGGAAAACAUAUCACACCAGAAUACUUACAGCACUUGUGUAAUAGACUUUUUACAACACACAUGCAGUCAUCCUUGGAUUUAUCUAGGCCAGGCACAGCUGGAGAUGCACUUAGACGCUCAGUAAUUCCUACUGCUCUCCCAGUUACUGAAUCUGAUGAGAGUUACCCUCCCCUUGAUUUUACUCAAAUCAAAAGCCAAAUCACAGAAGCCCUUGAUAGAAAAAAAGCCCUUAUUCUCCAAGCCUUAAGAUGGCGUCUUACAAGAACAAGAGCUGGACAGAGAGACCAAAUUUUGAGUGCAUACAUUCAAAAUGACAUUUUAGGCUGCUCAAAUGAUGGGCCAUACAGGGAAACCAUUAUGAAUCUCCUGCUCAACAGCUCAGACGUGGUCAAACAAUACCUUGCCAGAUUGUACAAUGCUUGUGCCUCUAUGUGUGCUGGUCGUGGUUACCUGGCCACCAACCCUGGCCUGUUACCAGCACUUAUGGACAUACUCAGAAGUGAGGUCAAAGAUCAAACUGCCCAAGAAAUGGUUCUAGGAGCACUACAGAAACUAAGUCUCAGGCGUCAGCUUCAGUCUGCAAUGAUUGAGAGAGGAGUGAUAGAAUGGCUAGUUGGGGUUCUAGAAGAUAAUGAUUCCUUAUCUGAUUAUACACUGGAAUACUCAGUCGCUCUUUUGAUGAAUCUCUGUCUCAGGACUGCUGGUAAGAAAAGGUGUGUACGCAAUGCUCACCAGACCUUGAAAGUUUUAAGUGACCUACUUGGACAUGAUAAUGUUGAGAUACGACCAUAUGUCAAUGGAGCUUUGUACAGUAUUUUAGCUAUCCCAUCAAUUCGUGAAAAUGCUAAAGCAAUGGGGAUGGAAGAAAUUUUGAAAUGUUUUCUAAAAGAUAAGGAACCAGAUAUGAACAGACAAAUUGAAUUUAUCAUCAAACAAUUAAAUUCUAGUGAAAGUGGAGAAGACUAUGAAUCAGAUGAAGAAGAAGAGGAUGAAGAUGAAGAAGAGGAUCAGGAAAUGUUAGAAGCUGACCUUGAUAAGGAUGAAAUCAUCCGGCCACAAGCAGGAGAACUCAGUGGAGAAAAAUUAUUGUCACAAUACAGCCUAGGACGGCCUCCAAACACAGCUUCACGGAGAAAAAAGCUUUUGGGUGAUGAGCCAUUGCAGAGACCAGCUACCCCAGGAAGUCGUAGAGUUUUGGAUCAUUCACUCAACUCCAAUAACAAUGCAGCCAGGUCAGGCAAACAGGCCAGUAGGAAGACAUCGGCAGGCGGUGGACUGACCGCACAGCCUGACGUAGAGCCUGUCAUUGUCAGGCCACCAACCAGAAGUGGGAGCAGACCCUCCACACAAGAGAAGACUGAUCUCCGUCCACCUAGUCAAAAGAGCAAUAGAGCAUUCAGACCUUCCACUAAAGCAAUGGAGAAAAUUGGCCCAGAGGCUAACCUAAAUGAAUACAGAUCUGCAUUUCAAGCCAAGCCAAAAAUACCACGAACACCUGAGGCAGGUGGAGGGAGCAGACCAACAAGUGUUGGCUCCAUCAAGGAGCCGCCGCCACAACCCCAGUUCUCAGAGUCUGGCCCUCGGCCCAGCUCCGCUGGAAAAACAAGUGCACCAGGUAGUCCUAGAAAAGGGUCUUCAUCAAGCUUAGGAAAACCUAAAACACCUAGUCAUAUGUAGGAUAAAGUUUGGACUUUUUAAUUGUUAUCAUUUAUGCUCUACUAGCAGUUUUAUAUAAGUUAAAUUAUUACAUGUAAAAAUCUAUACCUUUAUAAAACAAACAAUGUAUAUUGUUGUUACUCUGGGCCUAUACAUCUAAUAGCGAUACAAAUAAGAAAUUAAAAAUUGGAGGAUACAAGUUUAUACAUAUUUUAUUUUGAAUGUAUCUAGGCUGGUUGAAUCUCAUUCAAUUUUAAAAUAUUUCUUUUGUUAGGUCUAUUGUAUUAUUUUUAUGUAACUAAAGUUUUGUCUUUAUUGCUAUCACAGUUUUACAUAACAACAUACAACCUUUUUGUUAUUUAUUUUAAAGUAAAUUAAAGGCAUUUUAUAAGUGGGCACUGCAAACUAUGUUAAGCACAGUUAUUUCAAUAUUGAAACUGAAAAAUUUCUGAAGUCAGCCCUUAAGCUUUGUUAA